AUGAUUAGCCCUCUUCCUUGCUCAAUCCACAAAUAUGGAUUCAAAAAGCUGAUAGGAAAAGGAGGGUUCUCAUUUGUGUAUCUUGUCGAAAGUGAAGAUGACCAUAAGAAAUAUUGCGCCAAAGUCACUCCAUUAAACAACGAUAUUAUACUUGGUGUGAAAAUCGAUCCAUUAGAAGCUGAAAUAAAGGCACUAAUGAGUCUUUCUCAUCAAAACAUUAUUAGACUGUAUGAUCAUUUUACUGAGAAUAAUUGUUUUUUUAUAAUAUUAGAGUAUUGCCAACUUGGAUCAAUGCAGGAUACUCUAAAUAAAAAGGGUUUGCCAAAAGAGCAAUUUAUUAACUAUGCAAGGCAGAUUGUAUCAGCCCUCACAUUUGUACAUUCUAAAAAUAUUGCUCAUCGAGAUAUCAAACCGGGUAAUAUUCUUAUAGAUAGUUUAGGACAUAUCAAAUUAUCAGAUUUUGGUAUAUCGAUAACCAACGCAAAUAAUAUGAUUGAACCAUUUUCAGGAUCUUUAUUAUACAUGCCUCCAGAAAUUAUAUUAAAGAAGCCGCAUAAUCCAAUGCAAGCUGAUAUUUGGUCUCUUGGAGUGUUAUUUGCAUACAUGAUUAAUGGAAGAGCUCCAUGGCAAUGCGAUAACGUCAAUUCACUGAGAACAUGUAUAAUAGCAGGUGAUUUCAAGUUAAGAGCUAAUACACCACCUGAGAUUAUAGAUUUAAUAUCAAAAAUGAUGAGAAUUGAUCCGAAUGAGAGGCCAAGUGUAGCAGAGAUACUCAAUUAUAAACUCUUUGAGAAAGACCCGUUAGAUGGAAUGCUUUCUGAUAAUGAGGAAGUUCCUCAAGAUGUUCUUUCCCCCAAAGGUAGAUCUUUAAGAUCUAUACAAAGAAACAAAUCUACAUAUCAUCCACACUCUAUUACCAUAGGAAUAUUCAAAAUGAAUAUGAUGCUAGGAAACAACAGAUUACCCAGAAUUAAACCAAGAUUCCAUCACCCUUUUAGAGAGAAGUUUGCAACUCAUUGA